CCUGUAUCUCACUCACAUUCAUUUUUAAACAAAUAGUAAACAAAAUUCUAGUAAAUACUACUACACUACUUUACUUUUACAUCGUUUCAUUGUGUAGAUAAUAAAAAUGAACGAGAUUGAAGAAAGGCUGGCCUCAGAUAAUCCAGCAUAUAUUUGUACUUUAUUUUCUAAACUUGUGUCAGUAAUUGAAAAAAAGCAAGAUGAAGUUGUUACCAAUGAAAAUAGACAACUUGAAUUAUUACAGUUCUUGGAAAGGAAGUGUAUUGAUAAGAAUUCAUUAGUUGCUCUCACAGCUGCUAGGGCACUUUUGAAACUGGUGCAGGAUGGUAUUGUAGACAAAAACAAAGUACUACUUGACUUGACUUCAACUAUAGUUGCAACUGAAUCAUACAGUGGUUUAUGUUAUUUACUAAAUGAAAUGCUGGUAAUUAAGAUGGUACAAAAUGAAGGGAUCUAUUAUAAUUUAUGGUCACCACAGCAUCCCCUGGUAAGUGUCAUGAAUCAACAUUUUAAGAGUAGUGUGGAAAUUUUCUAUAAUAUUGAGAACACCUGUGUUAUUAAUCAGAGAAGUUAUAUUACAAAACUGUAUUGGCCCAUUUAUUACUAUUUGUUUUGUAAUCCAGAAAGUCAGUUGAAUACACCGAUUCUUUAUAAGUAUUGGAACCUUUUACUAAAGGAAACUGAUAAUGAGCACAUGAACUUAAUGUUUAAUAUAGUAAGCUGGAUGCAGUUUCAUAACUCAAAUAGAUUAUUAAUUAUAAUUGAUUUCUUGCUGCAAUGUCUUGAAGUACAUAUAAUAGAUAAGAGCACGUACAUUGUUGAAGCACUAGCAGUUUUUCUGUCAUCUUUACUACAUGAUGUAAUUAAACUUGGGUUGAAUCCUAUAAGUAUUAUCAGAAGCUUACAGAAAACUUUAAACUUUUUAAUGCAUUCUAGUAGUUCUAAUUUAAUUGUUCUACUGAUUUCUAGCAGUUUAAUUGACUGCCCAGUGAAUUAUUUAACAGAUUUACUAAUUUUAUGUGAAAUGCUUCUAAAAAGUGCCGACAUUAAUGAGUUGUCCUUGAGGUGUUUACAGAUAUCAUUAUUUAAUUGGAUGGUCUUCAAGAGUGACUUAUUAGAAAUGAAAUAUAUUAAAAGAAUGAUAAUUAGAAUUGAAAAAAUAACAGAGCAGAUAAAUAAUGGAACUAAAAAGGAUAAUUUAACGUUUAAUUGUCUUGUUAAAAAGCUAAAAAGUAAUCAGUACAACCUGCACAUAGCAUUUGAGUUGUAUACACUUUGUAAUUAUCUUAAUGCUGAUGUAUUUAUCUUUUGGCUUGCCAGAUUCUCAAGUAAUAUGAAUGAAGUGCUUUCAAAGAAUUUAUUUAUAUUUUUAUGUGGAAUGAUUUUAUUCAAAUCAUUAAAUGAAAAUGCAAUUAACGAAUUGCUUCAACUUCUAAUACAUCUGGUAAAGAAACACAACUGUUAUUCAACAUUACUGUUGACAGCUGUAUUGUACAAACUUUCAUGUACAAAAAAUCCAGAGAUGCAUUUCAUAUUAUUGAAGACAUUUCCGCAUCUAAUAAUCUGCAAAGAAAACGUUCCUUUCAUCUUUCAUACAUUGGAGUCACUCAGGAGUAGCACCAUUCCAGUACGGACAUUUAUAAUGAAGUUGCAUUUUGAUAUUUGGAACCUAGACCCAAAAUAUUACAUUAAUUUACAAAAUUUGUUGACUGAGAAGAUACACAAGAUAUCUUUAGAUGAGGAUUUAGAAGUUAAUGUGGUAAAGUCGAAAAUCUUGAGAGAAAUAUGUAUAAAAAGGCCGGAAUUAUAUGGGGGCGAAUUAGUGAGUUUCUUAUCUGAAGUUUUGAAUAAAUAUAGGCACAAGAAUGGAUCUUUACCAUCUUCGUUAGCUUUAGAAGGAAUUUCAGCCUUGUGUAAGGCUGGGAUUGUUGAUAUAUUUAGCACAUUAAAGGAACUUUUUCCAAAAUUCAGAUCAGAUACUAGAGAUCGAGUGUUAAUAAGUUUUUGUAACUUGGUAAGCACAGUACCCGAUUAUUUUGAAGAAUCUGAAAGAUGUGUUAGUUUAUCACAAGAAGUCACGACGUUGUUGUGGGAAUUCGCCACACAAUCGGGAGAUAAAAACGUUAGACGUUCGGCUUACGAAGGCCUAAGUAAUUUCAAAAUCGAAGACAUAAGCGACACUAUGCCAGAGAGAUAUAAAAUUUGUACAAAUGAUGUUCUGCCGGCAUUUGGUUUAGUUAACUGCGAAUGCUGGAUAAAUAUUUUAAAAAGUUCUCCUGAAGACACUUUAGACGCCAUCGGUACUAUGCUAUUUAGAUUAAUUGAGAUAGAAAUAAUCGAAUUUCGACCUAGAAUUUACCAGGUUCCAGAAGGUGGACGAGAACCCGACACAUACAAUUAUUUAUCAGUUUAUAGUCCCUUGAGAGCCAUAACAAACUACGUGAAAUUAAACGUGCAAAAGAUGAAGUUGAAUGCAGCUUAUUUGCAGUGCUUGAGAGUUUUAAGUCUAGAAUAUAAAAAGCCGUUACCCCCCUUGGACUGGUGUUUUUUACAAGAAUUAGUUCAUUAUAAACAAGCCAAGUUUUUUUGUAUUUGUAUUGCUUCUCAUCAAGUUCGGUCAUCAGGAUCUGCCCGACGUUUUAUGGAAAAUAUCGUGGUCGCAUUGACAACAAACGAACAUGAGUGUUUGGAUGUUUUUCAAAACUUGAGGUUUUUAUGCGACAGCAUACAGCCUGCGAUAUUGAGGCCUUUUAUAAAGAAUGCUUUAACUUAUUCCCUAAAGUUAUACGAUGAAGACGAACAUUUUUUUAAUACUAUAAACACGUGUUUGAAAAGCACGUUGAGCAGACAUGAUAUUCAUGAAGCAAAUAGAGCUACUAUUAGCGACGUUUUAGUUUACGUUAUAAAAAAUGCAGACCAAAAGAGUCCAAGUUUUGAAAGCAUUUUAAAAACGACUGCAGAGCUGUCGAAAAACUAUGUUUCAAAAUUUAACUUGGACAGAACGUCGAUAUGGAAAUUUCUGUUGUUCGUAAAAGUUCGGAUUGCAAAAGCUCUAUACUCGAAAGAAAAUCACUUUAGUUGGUUAAAUGAGAUUUUUAAUGUAGAAGACUACACUCAGGGGUAUAUCGGAAUAUUUAUAAUGACUUAUAAUAUAAUGAAUAAACUUUUGUAUGCCUACAGAGAACAAAUAGUAAUUUUACAAGAAGUUGUUAAGGUUAUUAAAAAAUACAAGAAUGAUCCUUCAGUUAGAGUGUGGAUUCUAGAACUGCUAGGUCAAACUCAAGCACUCAUAGUGGACAACGGGAGCACAGAAAAACGAUUAAAUUUUCUUUGCAGUACUAUUGUAAUUUCGUUCAUUUUUCUAACGGAUCAAGAUAUCUUAAUACUUAAUCCCCUAGAGAUUAUAAAGGACAGUAACAUGGCCUUAACGUUGUUUCCGUCCAGCGUAUAUGGUGCAGUUAAGACAAAUUUAUGGCAGGAAUAUGUGCCACAGCUUUUAGAAUGGCUUUAUAACAUGUCCAACUGUAAAUUUAUUAUGUUUUCUUAUCAAACUACCUUUUAUCAAACUCUCUCAGCUUUGAGACACGAGAAGGCUUUCGGACGUAAAUUAUAUUGGUUGAAAUACAUGGACAGAAAAAUGGAUAUUAUUUCGUAGGAAUAGAGGAACAAUUUUUAAUGUGUUCUGCUGUAUCUCUUCGCAAGCGUUUCAAACAACGACAGGAAUCUCUGGCAGACAUACGGAUGAAGAUCGCUAAAGUGAGCAGACAUGUUAG